AUGGCUUCCAUCAGCUCUUCGCUUACGUACAAGCUCAUCUUGGUUCAGGAACCCACAACGGGUUCUGCAUUCGAAGACAAUCUCCUUGGACGCAUCGGACUCGCGCCGCCUCUCAUUCUCGAACUGCAAGUAACCAAGGACGGCAAGGCGGAAGAUGCUUCUGCAGAGUUGCCCUUCUUGAUCUGUCAGUGUUCGCUACUCGACGAACACGGUGCCGUCGCCGACAUGCUGGAUCGCCAAGCUACCACUGCGUGGUCGGGCUCGACUUUGAUGCCGCCGACGCCCAAGCGCGCUCGCCGUGGCCGACGAUCCAGUUCGAAUCUACGCGGCACGUCGCCGUCGGGCAUCUCGACGAGGUCGAUGAGUUCGACCAAUGCCUCUGCAAGCACCUCCAUCACCACGUCGACGUCCGCAUCGCAGGCCGGUCCCAGCUCAUCGAUGCCUUCUUCUGGCCCCGACACGCCUCAACUCGCUCGGAUGCUGUAUGGAACCAUUGUUGCAGCGCCACAGCAGCUGCAUUCGCUCGAAAACGAUCAGAAGCCUUACUUUUUCUUCCCCGAGAUCAGCGUCCGCACUCCGGGCAAGUUCAAGAUCCAAUGCCAACUCAUGCGUCUAGCUCUUCCCGGUACCAACCCUGCGCAAACAGGCGUCCUCGCUUCGGUCGAGACACAGACCUUCCAGGUAGUCAAACGAAGCGACUACAUGGCGCCGUACAUCACCGACGUCUCGCGUCACUUUGCGCGGCAGGGCGUCCCGCUGCUUCUGCCUCCUGGCGUAUCAGCCGACUAG